AUGACGAUCGGAUUACGGAGCUUCGAGGUCAAGUUAGUGCCGAGAGCGGAGAACAUAGCGGCAGAUGCCCUAUCUAAGCUGACAAGCUCUAGUACCAGCGACAAGAAGCGGAGUGUGAUGGUGGAAACAUUAGCGGAGAGGAGCAUCGACAACCUCCCGCCCACCAUAAACACCAUCAGCCAGAGCACAAAAUGGUAUGACGACAUACUGGCUUAUAAGCUGGUAGGAACUCUCCCCGAGGAUAAGAUGGCGGCCAAGAAGCUCAAGAGAGACUCACCCUGGUUUGGGAUUCCUAUGGGAAUUGUCAUGGACCACGGCGUCCAAUUCGAUUGGGGACCCAUCAGGGACUUCCUGAGACCAUACGACAUAAAGUUCGCAUACUCGUCGGUAUGCCAUCCUCAGAGCAAUGGGCAGGCAGACGCCGCCAACAAACAGAUCCUGAACGCAUUAAAGAAGAGGCUGGACGAUCUGAAAGGCCCCUGGGCAGACAUGGUUCCGGCUGUAUUAUGGUCGAACAGAACCACUGAGAAGGAAGCUACCGGCGAAACUCCUUUCACACUAGCUUUUGGAACGGAAGCGCUGUUGCCGGUCGAAGUAGGUCUACCCAGUUGGCGCAUCCUGAACUCUAAUCCAGAACUGAACGAGGAAUUGCACAAGGAAAAGCUGGACCUCCUACCAGAAGUUAGGCUUGCCGCCGAACUCAAGUCGGCAGCAUAUAAAGAUCGGAUCAUCAAAGCCUACAACAAGCGAGUACGAAGUCGGCCCAUUGCAAGAGGAGACUUAGUACUCAGGCAAACAACAGCUACUAGAUAA